CCCUGCAUUUAAUUCACUUAACCCUUCACACUAAUCCCUUUCUAUGUCUGAAAAAAACCAGAUCCAAAAUACAUACAUAUAGGCAUCUCAAAUCUUGCUCGGAUUUGUAGAAAUGGCUUCACUCCCAAAGCCACUUUUCACCCUCUAUCUACUAUCCCUACUUUUAAUCACUUCCAUACUCAUUCCUUCUUCCCAUUCCCAAAGCUAUGACAAUCUUCUUGUCCGAAGAAGAUCGAUUCUUGAAUCACAAGAUAUUGAAGAUGAUGAUGAGCCAAUUCUCAUCAAAAAGAACAAACCCAAAAAUCCCAAUCCCAAGAUUUCCAUCAAACCCACUUCUCCAUCCAAGAACCACAACCAAACCAAGCUCACCAAACCCACAAAUAAUAAUAAUACAUCAUCAUCAUCAUCAUCAUUCAAGAACCAAACUUCAAAGCCCACCAAAUCAACCCCCUUUGAUUCCAUCAAGACAACUAACAAAACCAAACUAACCCUCAAAACCCCCCUCAAGAAACUCAAUUCCACCUCUACACAAUCAGCCAAGAUCUCAUCCGAUCUACCAAAACCACCCUCAUCCAAGAACAGCAACAACAAAACAACCACUAAAGUCAAAAGCCCGAUCAAGAACAAGCCCGAGGCCCGGCCCGGCAUCAAGGCGAAGAAGCUGCCGAGCUGGAUCGAAGACGACGACGACGACGAUGACGUCGUCGACGUUGUCUCAGAAUUCAGAGACUUGCCAUUAAAAUUCCAAGAAACUUUCGUCCCAGAUUUGGAAAGAAUCUCGAAAACCUCACAAAUCUACCUCACGAAAUACAACAGAGAAUUCACAAAGGGAUUCAAACCUUACGUGGGCAGCCAAUACGCACCCGCCAUUGCUUCCUUUGUCUCCUUCGCCACCAUAAUCAUUCCCCUAAUUUUCGUAUCCCUCAUCUUCAACAAAAUCAAGUCGUAUUUCUCUAUCCAAAAGCUCCUAAUCUUCAUCCAAAUCUACCUCUCCAUAUACUUCACCAUCCUCGGGGUAUCCUCCCUGGCCACAGGACUCGAGCCGCUCAAGUUCUUCUACUCGGCAUCGCAGUCCACAUACGUGUGCGUGCAGGUCCUGCAAACCCUAGCCUACGUGUUGUACCUUCUGCUGCUAUUGAUGUACCUCGUCCUCGUCUUCUCCACCGAGACUGGGCUGGCCACGAAGCUACUGGGACUGGCGCAGACAAUCGUGGGCUUCGCAGUUGGGCUUCAUUAUUACAUCACGGUGUUCCACAGAGCGGUGCUUCGUCAGCCCCCCAAGAGCAGCUGGAAGGUGCAUUCUCUGUACGCCACGUGUUUCGUUGUUAUUUGUCUGCUGGACAGGAUGGAUAGGAGGAAGAAGGCUUAUUUACAGGACAGCGGUGAGGAAGGGAAGCAGAGUUAGUUUAGUUUUAAUUUUUAUAAUUUAUUGCUAUUUUAAAUAUAUGUAAUAUUUUUUAAGGAAAAAAAGUUAAAAAAAUAAAUUUAUAUAAGAUAGAUUUCAUUUGGUUUUCGUAUUAUUAUAUAAAAUGUAAUUUUACUUGAAGAUUAAAUACAUUUUAUAGCAUUUUUAUUUAAUAUAAAUGUAAAAACAAAAUGUAUUUUAUAUGAUUCUAUUGUGGAAUUCGCUUUUGUGUUA